UAUCCUCAUUGAGGUAUGUCAGGGAAGCCUGGACCACGCCACACCCCCCCUCCCAGAGUUUUGGGGGUGCGUUUCCCGGCACGCACGGGUUCUGGAAGCUUCACACCCUCAAAUUUGAUUGGUCCCCCUCAGCAGCAUUGGGGCCACCCCCUUUAUAAUCCGGCAGAUGAUGUGUCUCUUUUCAGUUUCCUGGAGUGUGCUCCCAGACCCCAGUCAGGCCUCCUGAGGUACAGCGCUGAGAAAAUGAGGGUCACCGACGGACUCGUUACGUGCGUGACAGCGCUCCUGCUGGCCAGGUUCUGUACUGCAGGGCCACAAGUAUUAUCUGUCACCACUGUAAAGGAAGAUCCCUAUGCCAUGACCACUGGCUCCCAGCUGGAGGGCUUCUGCAUUGACCUGCUGUCUGCACUGGCCAAGAAACUGGACUUCAAGUACAACUUGCACGUGGUGAAGGAUGGCAAAUACGGCAGUUUACAAGAGAGCGGGAACUGGAACGGCAUGAUUGGGGAGGUGAUGAGAGGGGAGGCGGACCUGGCGGUGGCUCCGCUCACCGUCACGGCGAUGCGGGAGCGGGUCGUGGACAUGACCACGCCCUUCAUGCAGACGGGCAUCAGCUUCAUCCUGAGCAAGGACAGGGCGCCGGAGGAGCCCGGCUACUUCAGCUUCCUGUGCCCCUUCGCCACGGAGACGUGGGUGGGGAUCCUUGCCGCGUACCUGGUGACGGCCGUCUGCAUGUGCAUCGCCACGCGAUUAAGCCCCUGUGAGUGGGCCCAACCCCAGACAGAAGACAACAGCUUCACACUCCUACACAGCCUCUGGUACACUGCUGCAGCCCUCACUCUACAAGGUGCUGGCCCUCAUCCCAAAGCCCUGUCAGGACGUGUGAUCAGCGCCAUCUGGUGGCUCUUUACAGUAGUGGUCCUGGCAUGUUACUUUGCCAACCUCACCUCCAUGCUACGCUCAGACACCAAGCACGUCGCCAUAGAGAAUUUUGAGGACCUGGCCAAUCAGGACGUCAUUGACUACGGAUCGCUGGGCGGCAGCUCCACGUUUUCGUUCUUCAAGAACUCCAACAACCAGGUUUACCACCGGAUCUACGAGAACAUGGAGCGGAAGAAGAGCUACGUGGGGUCGAUGGAGGAGGGGAUCCGCCGGGCUCAGGAGGGGAACUUCGCCUUCAUCGGCGAGUCCGCGUCCCUGGACCUGUUGGAGGCGCGCUACUGCAACCUCGCCCGGAGCCCGGACGUCGCCGGAAUGAGAUGGUACGGCAUCGCGGCUCCCACAGGCUCUCCUUUGGUGAAGAACCUGAGUAUAGCUAUCCUGGAGAUGAGUGAGUCUGGGAGACUGGACUUUCUGCGCCGUAAGUGGUGGGCCAGCAGCUGCGUGGGAGAGGGGGGGAAGGACUCCGCGCUGAAGCCCCACAGUCUGAAGGGGAUGUUCCUGGUGCUCGCCCUGGGACUGGGCCUGGGGCUGCUGCUAGCUCUGCUGGAGCUGGCCUGCAAGUCCAACAGCAGUGCCAAGGACCAGAAGAAAUCCUGCUGCACCGUGUUGUCCAAUGAACUCGGCCAGCGUCUGGGGAACCGGAGCGAGGAGAAAAUGGCGGAGAGCUCGGAGAAGAGCAAAGCCUAAUGAAUGCUUCUCUGUACAGCCUUUAUUUCCACACCCAUAACAGCCAGAGUCUGAAAGAGGAAUCAAUGAAUCCCGACGGGAAAACAAAUGGUUCGCUCAUAGCUGGAAGACGACUGUUAUCUUUUACAAGCUUAUGCCAUUUGCUACCACUGAGAAAUGCUUUACAUUCAACUAUAUGAGCUUUUCUUAAAUACUAGAGAAUGUUCUUAGUUUUUAGAAGAUGUAAUCUCCAUGCAGUCCCUGUAUUUUUGUAUUUUUCUGUAUGACUGUUAUAGAUAGCCAGUAUUUUUUGUAUGACAUCCUGAAUCUAAACUGUCCAACAGUUUCUUUGGGUUGUUAGGUCAGUACAACUAUAUUCCUUUUUUUUUUGCAGCCUAACAUGAAUCCACGAUCUGCUAGUACAAUAAAACAUCAUGCCUUCAUAA